UAAAUGAUCUUAUAAAGAUGGUAUUUAGUUUCUUGAAGUUUCAUUCACUAACAAAAUAAAAUCUUUCAAUAAAUUGAUAGGUACUAUUUGUCAACAAGUGAAAUAAAAAUGAAAUUGUUGAUUAUAAUUAGUGUUUUUCUUUCACACAUCUACCAAAUUUCAAGCAGUUUAAAUCCAUCGAAUUUUCUACGAUGUCCAAAGAAUAUGCAAUCUUUUUUAGUUAGUGAAAAUAGUACUAAACAGUUUUGUGACUGUCAAGAUACAUUUUUAUAUCAUCCUGAAAAUGAUUUUUGUUAUGACGCCUAUAGACAAGGUCCUUGUCCAUCAGGAUAUUAUUUCGCAUUAUCACCUGGAGAGAAUGUGGCAACAUGUCAAUUAAAUCCAUGUCGUAUAGACGGCCUUGUGCCUUUUAAUGGAAAAUGUCAUUUUCUAUGGGAAUCAGGACAUCCUUGUAAAAACGAAACUUUAUUUUUAGGAAUCAAUGAUAAUUUUCAAAUAGAGUGCAGUGACAGAAGAUACAUUGGUAGCUGGAUUGAAUUGAAAAUAUCCAAGAACUGUCCAAAUAAUUCUUAUCUAGAACCAACAGAUAAUGAACAUUCGAAUUUCAUUUGUAACUGUAAAGAAACUUAUAUUUAUUCGGCAAAAAAUAAUUCUUGUCAUCAGGCAUACAGACAGGGACCAUGUAAGCAAGGAAGCUUCUAUGUACUUCCUCGAGAACAAAAAGAGCCAAGAUGCGUAAGAAAUCCAUGUCAAGAAGAUGGUUAUGUUCCUUUUCAAGGACAUUGUCAUGAAAUUUAUAAAUUUGGACCUCCUUGUGCUGAUUCUCGUACUCAAUUGACAGUCACGGCAAAAACAUUUAAACUAAAAUGCAUUUAUCGUCCACCUUCGGGUGCAGGUGGUGGUGGAAUUAUAAAUGCUCCAGAAAAAGCUUGUCCUCCAGGAAGUCGAAGAGUAAUUACAGACUGCAAAAAAGUUUUUCAAUAAAAAAAAAAAACACUCGAAAAAAAUA